ACGAUGGCGGAUGUUACGAUCCUACACGGCAGCACACAAUCGAUCGAGUCGAUCAUCGAUGAAGAUGGCCUGCUUACCACCGAAAGUGUCAAGCGACCUGGGCCAAGUGUUGAAGACAUCAGUCGAUCAUUGCAACGGUUCAACUGGCCCGACUAUGUAGUGUUUGUGUUGAUGCUGAUCAGUUGUAUGGUGAUCGGUGUCUUUUUCGGCUACAAGGACCAUCAAAAGCACAAGCGCCAAAAGCAUGCCCGGCGUGGUUCGGAAGCGCUGGACUAUCUGGUCGGUGGGCGGAAGAUGAAAAUUAUUCCCGUGUCCGUGUCGCUAGUGGCGAGCUGGAUUUCGGGUAUCUCGUUACUGGGCACGUCGACGGAAAUUUACGUGUACGGAGUGCAGUACUGCUACAUUGUUUGUGCCGUGGUGCUGAUGGGCCUUGCGAUGAACUACAUCUUUUUACCAGUUUUUCAUGAUCUGCAGAUAACAUCUGCGUACGAGUAUCUACAAAUGAGAUUCGACAAACGUAUGAGAUUGGUCGGUUCUAUACUGUUUACCCUGGCCAGUAUCCUGUGGUUGCCUAUAGUGAUUUAUGUUCCAGCGCUUGCAUUUAAUCAAGUUUCUGGUGUUAACAUUCACGUGAUUACUCCGAUCGUCUGCUUGGUGUGCAUUUUCUAUACUAGCCUGGGUGGACUGAAGGCUGUCGUGUGGACCGAUGUUAUUCAAACCGGCAUCAUGGUUGGAGCAAUGAUUAUAGUAAUCAUCAAAGGUACGGCAGACGUUGGAGGACUUAGUGUAGUGAUCGAAAGAAAUUCGGCCGGUGAAAGAUUCGAACCUCCAGACUUUAAUCUGGAUCCUACGGCACGUAACACAUUCUGGACCUUGCUCAUCGGUGGUACCUUCUUCUGGACGUCCACAAACUCCAUCAAUCAGAACAUGAUGCAGCGGUACCUAUCGCUACCCUCGUUAGGUUCCGCUCGGAAGGCACUGGUACUGUUCCUGAUCGGGACAACCACCUUGCUGGCCAUGUGUUGCUACAACGGACUGCUCAUUUUCGCCAUGUAUCACGACUGUGAUCCACUGUCGACCGGAUUGGCAAAAGCGAAGGAUCAACUGGUUCCGUUGCUCGUGAUGGAAGUGCUCGGAGACUACCCAGGACUGGCUGGGUUGUUUGUGGCGGGCAUAUUCAGUGCUGCGCUUAGCUCGCUGUCCACUGCGUUGAAUUCGCUGUCCGCGAUUGUGCUGGAAGAUUUCUGCAAACCGUUCGUUUCCAAACCACUGACCGAGACGCAAACUCGAUACAUUAUGCGUUUCACAGUGUUGGCGUUCGGUGCACUAGCCGUUAUGAUGGUGAUCAUUGUCGAGAAGAUGGGUGCCGUGCUGCAGUUGUCAAUGAGCCUGGGACCGGUUACGUUGGGACCACUGUUUGGGCUGUUCCUGAUGGGUUUCUUCUUUCCGCGUAUCAAUGGAAGUUGUGCCAUCGUAGGAACAACGGCAGGUUUGGCACUAAUGUCCUAUAUCGUUAUACGAUCGCAAAUUUCGAUUGCUCUUAAGGAAAUCGUGUUUAUCGAAAAACCAGUCACCGUGGCCGGCUGUCAGUAUGAGUUUACACCAAAAAAUGCAACAUUGUUUGCGGAGGACGCUACGACGGGUGAAAAAUCGCUACAUCAUGUGUCUUUUCUGUACUACACGAUGAUCGGUUCGGUGGUGCCAACGAUUGUGGGCUAUCUGUCCUCGUUCAUUCUUCCGCGUUCGAAAACCGACGACAUCGAUCCCUUGCUAUUGGCACCGUUCCUGCGCCGUUUCUAUCAUAGUCGAGACAGUAAGGCUAAUCACAUGACAGAGGUACUGCACGAGUUUGAAACCAAAGACAUUCAGCUGUAAGUAGCGACCGUGGCGAUGAACAUGGUACAAACCGAGCGCCACUAUCACUGUACAUUAAUUGUUCGGAUUAGAGUAUUA